AUGGAAAGGCCUUGUCCCCCGGGAACGUACUCCAAUACCAGUGCAUUGGCGGAUGCUGGAGAAUGCAUUUCUUGCCUGCCGGGAUACUACUGUCCUCAAGGCUCAACAGAUCCGAUACCAUGCCCCAGGGGGUCUUACUGCCCGAAGCGGACAGAGUCCCCUGACCACCACCCGUGCCCAGGAGGCACAUAUAACCCCAACACAAUGGCAAUAGGCUCGUACUGCCCCCUAGACGUCACUACGUACGACAUGCUCUCAAAGUACCGCUGCAGCGCCGGCAUGUUGUGCGACGGAGAAGGGUGGACUGACCUUUCAAACAGCACGCUGUGUCCCAGGGGCCAUUACUGUCCCGCGGGAGCUGCAAAAGCAAUACCCUGCCCAGGAGGGACGUACAACCCUUUGGAGGGGCGCACGGGCGUCUCAGACUGCAUGAUAUCGAAGGCUGGGACUUAUGCAGAAGAAGGCACGGAGUCUGCAGACGGCACUGGCGAAUGCAGUACGAAUGCCCUGCGGGCAGCUAUUGCCCUGUCGGGUCUUCUGACCCACGACUCUGCCCAAAAGGGACGAUAA